AUGACGGUCAUGUUAGAUGACAAGAGUGUCUUGAUGACCGACUCGAGCUGUUACCUUAUUGUCCAGACAUUCAAAAUGAUGGGAAACAUUGUUGUUAGAUUUUCUGCGGUUCAGUGCUUAAGAAACUUGAUCAACGCUGACGCGAAGUUCUUUGAAGUCUUCAAGAAGAAUGGUGGAUGUGAUGCGCUUCUUGAUGUUUGUCUUGGGAAAGAUGAGAGACAAGAGAAUCAAGAGCAACCUGAUAAACGUGUUCGUUACGAGUCGACUCGCAUUUUAGUUUCUAUCUUAAAGACCGACAAAGACAGAUUGAAUGAUUUUGCAAGAACAGAUGAGGUCUAUAAGUGUCUUCUUGAGAAUUUGAAAACAGACUUUGCGCUCCUCAUCAAGGAAGUGAUGACCCUCAUUAUCCAAUUUAUGGAUUGGGGAUUUUCGAUUCCAAAUGAAGUCCUUGUCGAAAUUCGAGCAGUGGUGAAGGACAAGCUCGAGACUCUUUUGAAAUCCCCUGCCGAAAACCAGACUAUGAACAAAGACGUUUUGGACGUCUUUGAGAAAUUCUUGAACCACUAA